GACUUUCGCCAAGCCCAAACAAACUUGCUCCCCCGGCUCUUUCUCUCUCUCUUCACUCUUUUCCUCAAUCAAUUCUCAAUCUCCAGCGCCUUGUUCCGUUUACUCACCCAACUCUCACUUUCACUCUCACUCACCUCCGAGUAGUCGUCCACCAUUUCCGGCACUCUGCCUGCGUCGUAAUAAUCUUGCUCCUGAUUGGCGCGUCGUCGCCUAUUAUUUCUACUCCAUUUGCCCGUCUCGCUCAAUUACCGACGGCUCUUGUUUUUGUCACUCAACACAUGACCAAAACACUCCACCUGACACAAAGACACAACAGCACCAUAAUGGGCUCAUCUCGCGACGCCUCAGCCGAAAACGGCACAACCAACGGCGCCACUGCCACCAGGAAACCCAGCACUCGUGUCAAGAACGUGGUCGACUACGAUGAGAAGCGCGCCUUUGUGGAACUGACCGAAGCGGUCGAUGCUGAGCCAAAGAACGCCCCCAACCCGGGUAUCAGUGAACUCGAGGAGCGCGUUAAUGACCUCAGCGAGUCUUGGGAAACCGAGUCCCUCUUUCAGGAUGCCUUGGAGGAUCUGGCCGAGGAUCGCUUCUUCACCGAAGAUCCUGAGGCCUGCACCUCAGAUGAGGCUACCGAGUUCCGCCGACUCCUGCGUUCUGUUGGCCCCACCGUCUUUUGCGAGAGGACCAUCGACUCCGGCCUGAUCACGGCCAAGAAGCUCCUAACCGCCUUUGGCAUCCGCCCGCCCGCCUUCCUCGAGGGCGCCGACGACGAGGCCUACUACUCCCUGUUGAGUCUUGCCCUGAGCCGCGAGUUGUCUAAGCGGGCCAAGCUCACAAAGUACAACACCGUUGAUGACGCGGUCGAACUCCUCAAGAAGUCCAAGAAUAUCAUCGUUCUGACCGGCGCCGGCAUCUCCACCUCACUCGGCAUCCCUGACUUCCGCUCCAAGGGCACCGGUCUCUACUCCAAACUCGCCCACCUCGGGCUCAGCGAUCCGCAAGAAGUCUUCGACAUCACCGUAUUCCGCCAGGACCCAACCAUCUUCUACUCGGUCGCGCGUGACAUCCUCCCCAGCCACGACCGCUUCUCGCCCACGCACGCCUUCAUCGCGCUCCUCCAAGAAAAGGGCAAGCUGCUGACCAACUACUCCCAAAACAUCGACAACCUCGAAGCCAAAGCCGGCAUCAAGCCGGACAAGCUGAUCCAGUGCCACGGCUCCUUCGCGACCGCGUCCUGCGUCAAGUGUGGCCACAAGGUCCCCGGCGAGUCGCUCUUCCCGGAGAUCAAAGCCGGCAUGAUCCCGCGCUGCCGCAAGUGCGCGCAGGGCAGCCGGACGACGGUCAACAGCUCGUCCACAUCGCGCAAGCGCAAGGUCAAUCGCGACGGCACCGACAAGAAGCCCCGCCGUAGGCCGGGCGACUAUGAUAGCAACUCGGACUCGGAGUUUGAUACCCCGACGAACUGGUCAUGUGGAGUGAUGAAGCCCGACAUCACCUUCUUCGGCGAGCCGCUGCCGGACGAGUUCUCGCGCCGCCUGACGGAGCACGACCGCGAUCUGGUGGAUUUGGUCAUCGUCAUUGGCACGAGUUUGAAGGUUGCGCCCGUGAGCGAGGUGGUGCCGUUUCUGCCGCCCAAUAUCCCGCAGAUCUACAUCAGCCGCACGCCCGUGUCGCACGUCAAUUUCGAUAUUGACUUGUUGGGCGACUGCGAUGUCGUCGUGGCGGAGCUGUGUCGGCGGGCCGGGUGGGAGCUCAAGCAUGAGAUGGUGCCCGAGGGACAGGUUGUUGAGACGAGUUUGGCCGAAGGGUGGGCGAGUAGGCAUGUCUUUACGCAGGUGUUUCCCCCGCUGGAGGCCGAUGCCGCGGAUGCCGACGAGGAGGAGGGCGGUGUGAAGGAGGAGAAACGGGGGGCCGUGAGGACGGAAAAGGCGCAGGAGAAGGAGGAUAAGUGAUGGCGGUAUUGUUCUCGAUGGGCCGUGUGGUUCACAGCGCGGUUGCCGGGCUUGGGGCUUGUUCUUCUCUCCUUGUUUUCCCC